GCUCGAGGGCGCCGGCGGACCAGGCUCGGAACACGAUGAAUAACCCUAUACCUUCCAAUUUGAAAUCAGAAGCAAAAAAGGCUGCUAAAAUUCUGAGAGAAUUCACAGAAAUAACUUCCAGAAAUGGACCAGAUAAGAUCAUUCCUGCCCAUGUAAUUGCUAAAGCCAAGGGCCUUGCGAUCUUGUCUGUGAUCAAAGCUGGAUUUCUGGUAACUGCGCGAGGAGGCAGUGGAAUCGUGUUGGCGCGUCUUCCAGAUGGAAAAUGGUCUGCACCUUCUGCCAUCGGGAUAGCCGGGCUCGGUGGAGGAUUUGAAAUAGGAAUUGAGGUAUCGGAUUUGGUAAUAAUUUUGAAUUAUGGCAGAGCAGUAGAAGCUUUUGCAAAAGGUGGUAACCUCACACUUGGAGGGAAUUUCACUGUAGCAGUUGGGCCCCUGGGAAGGAAUUUAGAAGGAAAUGUCUCCCUAAGAAGCUCUGCCGCUGUCUUUACGUACUGCAAAUCCAGAGGACUCUUUGCUGGCAUAUCUUUAGAAGGUAGCUGCUUGAUUGAAAGGAAAGAAACUAAUCGAAAGUUUUACUGUCAAGAUAUCCGGGCUUAUGACAUUUUAUUUGGAGACACACCACGGCCCGCUCAAGCAGAAGAUCUUUAUGAAAUUCUUGAUUCCUUUACUGAGAAGUAUGAAAAUGAGGGACAACGGGUCAACGCGAGGAAAGAGGCGAGGGAGCAGAGGAAGGUGUCUGCUAAAGAGUUACCCCCAAAACCAUCGUGGCAACCACAGCCGCCUGCACAGGUGCGGCUGAACUCUGGCUCUCCAAGUAACAGAAACGAAUAUAAGCUCUAUCCUGAACUUUCCAGCUAUCAUGAGAGAGUUGGCAAUUCGAGUCAACCCAUAGAAGUCACAGCACUGUAUUCUUUUGAAGGACAGCAGCCGGGGGAUUUGAAUUUUCAAGCUGGAGACAAAAUCACCGUUAUAUCAAAAACAGAUUCACAUUUCGAUUGGUGGGAGGGAAGGCUUCGAGGUCAAACUGGCAUUUUUCCAGCCAACUAUGUUACGAUGAAUUAAAGUUUAUAUUAUUUUCUUCUUUGAGAACUGCCAAAAGAUUAUUUCUACACUGAGAGGAUUUGCCAUUCAGUUAACCCAUGUUUAAUAUAAGUUAAAAAAUACUUCUUGUUUAUUCCAUAAACUUUUAAUCCAGUAUGUAAAAAAUUUUGUUUUACUAUGUGUAAGUAAAUGAUUAACUUACAUAUCUUUAGAUACUUUGUACUAAUUUUAUCACAUAUACUAUUAAUAGUUAAUAUCCUCCAAUUAUAUGGCUGGUUCUUUUGUGUUAAUUUUCAGACAUCACAAAUGUUUGAUUUAGCUGUGUCUGUGAUAACUAUUUUAAUUUCAGAAGUGUAAGGGUGGGGCAUGAAUACUAAUUCAUAUAUUUCUAUUUGCAAAGUGACUCAAGAAGGAGAAAUCAGCUUAAGUAGGGUAUUAAGUAAUAUUUAGAGUUGUAGGUAUUAACUAGAAUAUGAAUCCUUAAAAAGUAUCUUUCUACCUUCAAGAUUGUAUAUAUACAUUUAUAGUAGAAACACACUAUUACAAAGGAGUUCAACCACUAUGCAUUAAAAAACAAUGACAUCUAUUAACUUUUCUUCAUGAGGUUAUAUCUGUUCGUUUAUAGCAGUAGAAUCAACUUCUGUUCACAUGGUUCAGUUGUCCCUAAAUAAAUGUUUUUAAAAUGCUAA